AUGAAGUGUGGUAAUGGGAUGGAUACUAAAGACCACCGUGUGUGUUUCAAAAACUGCCUAGAGAAAUGCCGCAUAGAUGAUUACGCAUGUCAGUUGCAGUGUGAAACAAACUGCCCUUCCACACCACCUUCGUUCGUAGUGGAUGAAGCAGUAAUGGCGCCAGAACAAGGUAAAAGCGAUAUGUGCUACAGAGAUUGUAGCAACAAAUGGGGCCUUGACUCAGCUCGUAUGGAACGUUGUUUGAAGACUUGCCCCACGACUGCUACUCUUUUUUAG